AUGAGCUCUCCCAGCAAUGUGUCCUCCCAGGGAGCCGGUUUUGGCCUGGAGGACAGGGAGCACACCGAGUUCAACAGGGAAAACUCCAUAACCCAGCGGGCACAGGACCUAACCCUUGACUUGGGGCCUCCCCAGAGCGGUGAGGGUGAGGGUAGCAGCUCAGACCACAGGGGUGAACGUGACUCCAACCUCCUGGACCACAACUUCUAUGAGCUCAACCCAGAGUCCGAAGAGGAAGUGACAGUGGGGAGAAGGGAAGUGCUCUGGGGCUGUGAAGGCCGGCCUGGUUCCCCGGCUGAUGAGGAAGAGGACACUGCCCUGGACUUUGUACCCCACCUCAACAUCGAGUGUGCGUCCAUGGUGCAGCAGAUGUCCAAUCUGGAGGUCCAGGGUACCCGCAGAUACCCAUCCCAGUCCCUGGCCCUAUCUUCAGAUAGCCAUGCUUCGAGGGUCUCCGCCAUGUGGGUGGACACAGAAUCUGGCCCCAGCCAGAGAACAGUACUGGUCCCGAGCUGCGUAGAAGGGCAGUGGGACUCCGGCGCUCCUCUUCACACCAGUGGGCACGAGGGAGGCCAGCCCUGGAGAGGCCUUAAGAGCAGCACCAAAAGCAGGAUGACAGUCAGCGGGGCUGCCCGGCGGCCCUCUUCUGACUCCGACCCAGAGUCCAAGUCUUCAGAUGAGUUUAAUGAGAUACAGCCCAUGAGGGUGAACAUUUCCCGCAAGGGAAAAGGCCAGGCCAGGUCCAGCUUCCCCAAGGAACCAGCAGAUGCAGCCAGACACUUGAAUAUCCGUGCCCAGGCGAGUGUUCCUCACUUGCGGGGCUCUGUGAUGACUUUUGCUCCCCGAAGACUUACCUCAGCCAUGGGAAAGCAGCCCUCAGGAGAGCUGGAUGCCUCUUCCUCUAAGAAAAUGCAAAAUGUGGUCUGGGCCAAGGGAGAGGGCAGGCCCAGCUACCCAGGAGCAAGUGCUAUUGCAGGGGUCCUGCCCAGGGCUACAAUGAGGAAGAAGGAGGCCCAAGAGAAGAAAUCCCUGGGUAGUGGCUCAAGAGUCAUCCUUGGGAGAGCCUUCCCCUCCUGGGGACAGAGAUUCAGAGCUGCUCCCCUGGAACCAUCCACCUUCCCACCAAUCUCGGGCGUUCCGCUACUUGGAAAGUCCAAGGGAUUUUCCUUGCUGCCCUCGGGAUCCAAGUCAUCCAAGCAGGGGGCCACUGGGAAGAGGUCCUCAGCCAGGAGAGCAAGGGAGUCCCAGCCUGUGGCUGGAGAAGAUAAAGGCCCAAAUGGUGAUCCAAUCCUACAGGCUCAACUUCCAACACACAGGCCAGGGCCACGUUGCCUGAACAUGCAUCAUGGAGAAUUUUUCAGUGGUGAUGCUGACACCAGAGCCGCCGAAGUUCCAGCAGCCUCCCAGCCCUUGACUGUGAGCCAGGGAGGCCUCCCACCCAGAGGUCCUGUACUCUCUGGUGACCAGGAACCAACUGUGCAUGUUCCAAUUCUGGAAAGGCAGCAGCCGCCCUUUGGAGCACAAGGCUGUCCCCGGUGCCUUGUGCUCCAGAAAGAAAUAGAUGACCUCAGAGAGCAACUAGCGGUCCUGCAGUCCCUCACUGAUAAGUUCCAGACCCUUUGA